AUGACACUGGUCAGUGCAUCACUGAUGGCUGCAGAAAUUGAGCCUCCUGAACCUGUCCACAAAGGACUCUACUUUGACCUAGAUGUAAUCAAACAAUCAGGUGCAGACCUGUCAUCAUGGUCACCAGAUAAUGAAGAAAAUCCCUGGGAAGCAAGUGGGCUGCUCGAAGGUGAUAUCAUGAUAGCAAAGGUAGAUGAUUUGAGAAAUGUCAUUCGGGAUGAAGACAAAUACUGGCCCAAUGGAGUUGUUCCAUACUAUAUAGCCAAAGACCACUUUUCGCAAGAAGAAAGAAGUCGAAUUCGCAGUGCCUUAAAAGAAAUCAACGACAGUACCUGCGUAGUCAUUCGCGAAUUUCAAAAAGGUGAUGAGGACUUCGUUAAAAUAAAAGGAAAUGCUACAGGCUGCUGGUCUUACAUAGGACGGAAACGUGGUGGGCAGGUAGUCAACCUGCAAGCUCCUGCGUGUCUCCGCAAGGGUACUGUCAUCCACGAGUUUCUUCACGUCCUUGGAUUCCACCAUCAGCAUAGCUCGCACGACCGCGACUCCUUCAUAGACAUACACUGGGAAAAUAUUAGACCAGGUCACGAAAACAAUUUUAAGAAAUACAAUGAGACGAUCGUAACGGAUUAUGGAAUCGGUUACGACUACAAUAGCGUAAUGCAUUACAGCAAGAGAGCAUUCUCGAAAAAUCGUGAGCCUACAAUUGUACCAAAAGACAAAAAUGCUACCAUUGGUCAACGGAAAGGGCUUAGUGAGAAGGAUAUCAAGAAACUUAAAAAGACGUACAAGUGUAGUGAAAAUAUUCCAGUUAUUAAUACAGUUCCAUCUGGUGACUCCAAAUGCUGUAAUAAAAAUAUAGUCUCCGGUACAAAUAAAAAUGAUGGAUAA